GAUAGCACGUACACCGCGUAGUGUCCGAAGCUUUGAGUGCAGCUCGUCAAGCCUCUGGUCAUUUUGGGUCUCGUAUGUAUCUUCCAUAUUUCGUGAGCUCGACAUGUCAGCAUGCAGUAGCGAGAUCCGUAUGAACUGUUGGGGAAGAGCUGGUCGACCUCGGGGAUGUCACGGUCGCGGGGAAAGAUGUUUGGCGCCGGGAGAGGCAGCGCACUUUGCGUUCUGACACACUUUCUCUCCCGUUCGACGACCACCGCGACAUUUCCCGCCCGCAAGGCGGUCUUACCUCCUCCUUAAAGCGUUGAAGUUUGCUUUCCGCUUCUCGACAGCACCGAAACCUUUAGAAUAGUCUCUGUCCCUGCGAUGUCGAGCAGGAGCCAUCUCCCCAUGGCUGCGGUGGCCCUGAGCCUAGCUUCGACCGCCUUCGCCCAUGAACACCACGAACAGCUUUCGGAGGAGGAUAUGAACAAGCCUGUUGAUGCUAUCCUGUGGAUACAUAUCUUCCUACAGAUGGCCGUAUGGGGCGUACUUUUCCCGACAGGGAUGGUUCUAGGAAUGUCCAAGAGCCGUUGGCACAUCCCCCUGCAGAGCGUUGGGAUCGCUCUCACAUUGGGAGGCUAUAUACUUGGACACUCACACGGCGGCCGCCCUUUCCUCGCGGGCAUCCACGGUACAUUCGCCAACAUCCUCAUCGUCCCUAUCUUCCUCCAACUCGCACUUGGUAUUUACCUGAAGCUGCAUAUCCAUGAGGAGACUAUUCGUCCCUGGGUUGUCCGCCUGCAUGGAGUAGUAGGCAAGGCAUACCCCGUCUUCGGCUGGGUCCAGAUGCUAUUCGGUGCAAUUGCGUUCAGAGGCUACUGCCGCGGCGAUAAUCUGGGGCAAUGCCUCGCUCACUACAUCAUGGGCGGCGGCUUCAUCGCAUACGGCACCAUCAUGGCCAUUAUGCUCCUGGUGGGCGAAGCAUGGAUUCGGCGGUCACGGAGGAGCCCAGAGUGGUGGGACUCUUGGAUCAUCAUGCUUUGGGGCAUUGUCAACACCUUCACCGAGCACCAUGGCGGGGGCUGGUCCCACAAGGACAUGCAACACACCAUCAUGGGCGUCCUCUGGUGGGCUGGAGGUCUACUGGGUAUCCUACUCGCUCGCAACAACCAGCGCACCGUCAUUCCCGCGGUGAUCAUAAUCAUUACCGGGUGGGCAUUCUCGGAUCAUGCUCAGGCCAUGAUGAUUUCUACUCGCGUACACGCAACAUUUGGACAUACCCUCAUGCUCGCGGGCGUCGUGCGCAUCGUCGAAGUUUCGUUCAUCGCGCCGAAGUACGCUCCGCUGCCCGCAGACGCGUCCUCGACAGAUGACGACCACAGCGAACACACUCUCGCCGACGCGCCCGCUUCGGGAAGCUCUCCGUUGUACCAAUCUGUGAAAGCGUUCAGGCACCUGCCUCCAUUCCUACUCGUCGCUUCUGGUGUGCUCUUCAUGUCGGCAACGGAUGAGGAGCUACGCUUCGCCGACCAAGAACUGGAAAUGGACCAUGUCACCUACAUCCUGAUUAUGUUUAGUCUGGCGUUCCUGAUCUACGCUUUGAUUGUUUCUCGCAUCAACCUCUGGGCAACAAGCGGCCGCAAUGCUGCAUCGUCCACCCAGGCCGCGGGUGCUAUAGAGUUAGCGCCUACGACUAAGUGGUACUCUCGUGUCCCAGCAGGCGAUACUGAAAUUGAAGCCCACGUUAUCGGUGAUGAUGAGUAGUGGCCAUCCAUGUUAUACCUGUAGAAGUUUGUGUUUUCAUGUUUGCUACUGUUGUGCAUCUUCAUCUUGUAUCUAUCUUUAUAUCGCAUAGCAUCUAUGUGCUCCUUCAAGCGUCAUACCAUCUUCUCUCGGUCACGUUUACGGAUAACAUCUAGUUCACUUCGCUCACUGCUAGUACAAUUCUGUCCAGUAUCCUAGUAACGGCCGUUAUGUAUAAUCAUAUACCAUCACCCUGCCAUCCACACAACAGACCGCAAUGCGCGCCUCGUCAUCGCACACCGCCAGCCUCGU